UAGCCGAGCCGGAUCGAACCGGACUGGUGCGUGUGGCGGAGCUCGCCGUGUCCUUCCGGGCAGGAGCACCGCCCCGGGUGGGCCGUGCCUCGCCUCCGCUGGAGAGGCAGGAGCGGGGCGAUGGCUAAGCCGGUGCGGAGCGUGGCGGGGCCGUUGCACCUCAGCCACUUGUCCGAGCCGGUGCUCCGGAGGCUCAGCGAGCUGCUGGACCGGGCAGCACCCGGAAAGGGCUGGCGGGACCUGGCACAGCGAGCGGGGAGCCGCGGCAGGGUCCGGCUGAGCCCUCUGGAUUUAGAGCAAUGCUCCCUCAAAGUGCUGGAGCCUAAAGGAAGUCCCAGCUGGAGCCUCCUAAAGCUUCUGGGAGAGCGGGGUUGCACUGUGGUGGAGCUUGUGGAGUUCUUGCAGGCCCUGGAGCAUACAGAGGCUCUCCAAUGCCUCAGCUAUCCAGGUAUAGAGGUUGUUGUCCAUCCAGACUCUCAAGCAGUGCUCUCCGGUCAGGUCGUCAAGCUGUGUUGCUGGGCAGUGGGGCACCCGUUUGUGCAUUACCAGUGGUUCAAGCAGGAAAAAGAGGUUCCCCAUGGCAAAGCUCCAGAGUUGGUCCUGAAUCCAGUGACCAUCCACGAUUCCGGCUUCUACAUCUGCCGAGUCAACAGGGACUCUUCCUUUGCCUUCAGCCGCUGGGCGCGGCUCGAUGUCUGUGACCUCCAGAGUACACCUGAUGGCAACCUCAUGGCUUCACCUGAAAACAAGUUGCGGAUUUGUGUUCAGCCUCGACCACAAACCCUGACAGUGGGGGAUGCUCUGGUACUAGAAUGUGGAGCUGCUGGAAACCCAGUUCCUCAUUACCAGUGGUUCAGAAAUGGAUUUCCACUGGAAAAUGGGGACAAAAAUGUCUACAUGGUAACGUCUGUUGAUGAGGAGCAUCAAGGAACAUACUGGUGUCAUGCUUCCAAUGAGCAGGAAGGUCGGGACAGCCAGAAGAUAGAAGUCGUCGUAGGAAGGAAAGCUGUGGCAGUGGAGUGCACCGAAGGUGAUCUGAGUGAUCUUCAAGCAGCAGACCUGCAAGAGGAGUCAGAUCACAGACCUGUAGCCACAGACAAGGUAGCUCUGCUAAUAGGGAAUAUGAGCUACCGGCAUCACCCCCAGCUCAAGGCGCCGAUGGUGGAUGUCUAUGAACUGACCAACUUGCUCAGGCAGCUGGAUUUCAAAGUGGUGUCUCUGCUGGAUCUCACUGAGUCCGAGAUGCGAAAUGCAGUGAGUGAGUUUUUGCUUCUGCUGGACAAAGGAGUGUAUGGUUUGCUGUACUAUGCUGGCCACGGCUACGAGAACUAUGGGAACAGUUUCAUGGUUCCCAUUGAUGCUCCAAACCCCUACCGGUCUGCCAACUGCCUGUGUGUGCAGAACAUCCUCAGACGGAUGCAGGAGAAAGAGACAGGACUCAACGUUUUCCUCCUGGAUAUGUGUCGCAAAAGAAAUGAAUAUGAUGACACAGUUCUUGUCCUGGAUGCGCUGAAGGUUACGGCCAACAUUGUGUUUGGCUAUGCCACGUGCCAAGGAGCAGAAGCUUUUGAGAUUGAGCAGUCGGGGCUGGCCAAUGGAAUCUUCAUGAAGUUCUUGAAGGACCGGCUGUUAGAAGACAAGAAGAUUACAGUGCUGCUUGAUGAGGUUGCAGAAGAUAUGGGCAGGUGUCACCUGACUGAAGGCAAGCAAGCUUUGGAGAUCCGCAGCAGUUUGUCUGAGAAAAGGGCUUUAACUGAUCCCAUUCAGCAGACCUUGGCUUCUGCAGGGUCUCUGGCACGGAAUCUACAGUGGGCCAAAGCUCACGAGCUCCCCGAGAGUAAGUGCCUGGAGUUCAGGUGUGGUGUUCAGGUCCAGCUGGGCUUCGCAGCCGAGUUUUCCAACGUCAUGGUCAUCUACACGCGCCUGGUACAGAAGCCGCCUGAAAUAGCAGCUUGCAGAGCCUACAUCACAGACUUUGCCCUUGACCUGGAUGUGGAUCCUAAAGAGACCAAUAAAGGAACUCCUGAGGAGACGGGAAGCUAUUUGCUGUUGAAAGACCUCCCCAAGCACUGCCUCUACACCAGGCUGAGCUCACUGCAGAAGCUGAAGGAACACUUGAUCUUCACUGUUUGCUUGCAUUAUGAGUAUUCAGGAAUAGAAGAGAUGAUGGAUGAAAGAAAGGAGGUCAAUGUUGGGAAGCCCCUUGUUGCUAAAUUAGGCCUUCAUCACAGAUUCAAAGCCAAUAGCUGCCUCCAGAGCUGCUGCACAGCUGACAGUCCUUGUCUUAAUCAAAGAGAAACAAGUUCGGUGACAAAUAAACACUGCGCCCUCAGUCCCUGCCAGCCAGCCUCCUGCCCAGGAGUUUGCCAUCCACACCCCUCUUGCUCAGACAGCAUCAGACGACCAGAGGCAUGUUCUUGCAAUGGGUCUUCAAAGAUACUACCUUCCAGACAGGAAGCACAGAAUUACUCUCCGCCUGUGGAUGUGAGUAAUGUACCAGUAGAGACCACUGAUGACACUGCAGAGUUGGAAUUCCUUCUCUCUGACCACUUCAGACUCUCCCAACGGCAGCAGCUGUGAUGUGCUCAGAACAGACCCUGGGUGCCACCCUUGAGCAUGGGACUUUGUAUUCUGCUUAACCAGCUUCUGGAGUCUGGGGCUUCAGAACAGAGGGACUGGAGAGUCUAGAGGUGGUACUGGGAAUGAGGUGAUGAAAACUCUUCAUAUCCAAAGAGAUAAAACUGCACUGGCUGAAAAAGGCAUGGGGUUUGUUUUGUUCUCCUGCCAGUUGACUGAUACAGGGAAGAACCUGAACUCCUCAGAGUUUCCUGUUCCCUUCUCUGGCAGCCAGGCAGAGGCAUUUGUGCAUUUCUGGGCAGAUGCUGCCUAGCUCUGUCAGGAGAGGAAUGCAUAACAGCCUGGCUGUGGCAUCAGGAGGUUCUCUUGAGGUAGUGAAGCCCUGGAUCAUCCCAGCUGCUUCUCGGUCCUUACUGGAGCUACAUUUCCUAUAAAUGUUGUGUUUUGUAGAUCUUCUCAGAGAGAAAUUGCUGUACGUAAGCAGUUGAACAUGGAUCUCUGCUGACAGAAUUGGGCAGUACAGUAACUUCCACGUCUUCUGUGACUUAACAUGAUCCAAAAAACCCAUUGGCCCCAAAAUAAUAAAGAUACCUUUCCCUCCCCUUUGUUCGAGAGAACUACAGAUCAUCAGAGGGAGCAGAGCCACCAGCACUUGCUGCAGGCUUUCUCUGGAGUAGCACCCUCGAGUUUUGCUGGUCUGGUUUCUGGAGAGGUGGUCUUGGUCUGUUCUGGAAGAACAUUAAAUGGGAAGAGGAGGGGAAGUGCCUGUUGAUGGCAAGCCAAGUGUGGUCUAGUGAGUGAUGCCAUAAGACGUGCUGCAGGCUGUAGCCAUGCAGGCACAAGGAGGGAAAGCUGGGGAGUUCAGAAGGACAAGGCACCUCUGCUGCUGCUCUUCUGUGGGGACUCUGGAAAAGAAGCACACAGAGACCUCUGCUGCCAGGCCAAAUCAAUUCAUGUCUCUAAAGGUGGCUCUUUGUCCAUGGGUGUCCAUGUGGCUGUUUCCAGCAUGAAGGCUUUGCUCCAUCAAGGCUGAGCUCGAGCUGCAUUAAAAAAUUGAAGUAACUUCUCUGCAAAAAAAACAAAAAGCUGAGCUCAGGUUAAACAAAGCUGCAGCCAGGGCCUGUAGAGCUUUCUCCAGCUGCCCACUGCAAAGGGUGCUUAUUUGUUGUACCUCUGAUGUCUGAGCUCUGCUGCUGGCUAAUCCUGAGUGACUCUUCUCCAAUGUUUUUCAAAGGUUUCUAGAGGAACUCAGUGGGAAUGGGGACUGAGAAAUCAUCCAAUUAUUAAAGCCUGUGAACUGCCCAGAGAAAGACAGGGGAACACACUGACUGUGGUCACUUGUCUGUUUGCAGGUGCCCUCCAUGGCAUGGGAAGGGCUUCCAGGAGCAGCAGGCUGGUGGGUGAGUAGUUGCCUGCUGGCAUGGUUUGAACUGACUGGAAUGGCUGGUCAGAGCUUGUGGCGUUUCUGCUGCCAGAGAGCUCUGGUGUGCAUUGAUUAGUUCUGGAGUUUAGAAUGUGGUCGGAUGGUGCAGUCUGACAGCCUGGAUAGGAACUGAUUCACCUUUGAGGUUCUCUAGUCAGGAGGUCACAGAAACCAGUGCACUUCCGACCUAAUGUUGAGACUGGCAAGACACUGGCCACACCAUGAGUAAAGUUAUGUCCUCGCUGUAGUUCAGGUAUGCAGUGGUGUUUCUCAAGCUCUCUUUGCCCAGGAGGAGACAUUAUGAUGGCUCCCAAAAUGCAACUAUUUGAACGGCAGGAGCUGUUCCAGCCGUGUUUUUUCUCUUGCUGAAGCCAUCUCCUGCAGUCUAGUCAAAUCGCAGUCCCUGCUGGACUGGAGACACGUCUGCCAAAGAGGCGGUAGGAAAGAAUUUACCUUCUGCAUCUCCAUCAAGCUCUGUAAGCUACUGCCUUGGUGAAACAACCUUUUGUCUCUAGAGUGCCUAGGCUGUCUCUGGCUGCAGAAGCCCAUCUGCUCUCUUUGCUGUUACGUUUUUGAGGCUGUUUUUUAGUACCUCAGUGGUUACUGCUUGUGCAUCAACUACUUUCCUCAUCCUGUCAGCUAAUUACCAGUUUUGGCAGCUCUCGUGCAUGAGGCUUCAGGGCUGUGUUCACCUUGGUAUGUAUUCCUGACCACUCUAAGUAUAAAGUGAUCUGGCAUGGCUCUUCCCUUGCACAGAGCUGUGACUGAGGCAGAGCAGGAGCUGCUUCCUUUGUGCAGGGUGGCAUUUCAAGGUGCAGGGCUUGCUCUGACCUGGAGAGGUUUGUGGGGAGGAGGGUUUGGUAAUUUGGAGAAAUUGGGGUUGGCACGUUUGGUUGGUUGGGCUUUUAUCAAAGUUUGGUCACCCUUUAGUAAUUGCAGUAGUCUGAGUAAGAACACCUCUGUGGUCUGGAAAAUAAGCAGUUAGUUAAUUUCUGUGGUAGCACUGCUGCAAUUCAGGCUUAAGAGCUAAUAAAAAUCUUUGAAACACAAAA